UUAAAUUUUGGCAGGUAGCCUGGUCCAACCAUUGUUUUCCGUUUUCUUUCUCCUUUCUCCACAAUGUACAACUUGGCAAAGAUCUCGAGAUCGCGCAUUCUCCCAACACUCGCUCACAACCGUAGCUCCCUUGGUGUCUUUGCUCGCAACUAUAGCUCUAACAUCAAUGGUCCUGUCAUCGGUAUCGACUUGGGUACUACCAACUCCUGCGUUUCCACUAUGGAAGGCAAGCAACCCCGUGUGAUUGAAAACGCUGAAGGUGCCCGCACUACUCCCUCCAUUGUUGCCUUCACCAAGGAUGGUGAGCUUUUGGUUGGUCAAGCUGCUAAACGUCAGGCCGUUGUCAACCCUACCAACACCGUCUAUGCUUCCAAGCGUCUUAUUGGUCGUGCUUUCUCUGACCCCGCUGUCCAAGCUGAUGCCAAGACUGUCUCCUACAACAUUGUUGCUCACAACAAUGGCGAUGCCUGGGUUGAAGCUCAAGGCCAGAAGUACUCUCCUUCUCAAAUUGGUGCUUUCGUCCUCGGAAAGAUGAAGGAAACUGCUGAAGGUUUCCUUGGUAAGAAGGCCAACCACGCUGUUAUUACUGUCCCUGCCUACUUCAACGAUGCUCAGCGUCAGGCUACCAAGGAUGCUGGUAAGAUCGCUGGUCUCGAUGUCCUCCGUGUCAUCAACGAGCCCACUGCUGCCGCUCUUGCUUAUGGUCUCGACAAGGCUGGUGAUAAGGUUGUUGCCGUCUACGAUCUUGGUGGUGGUACCUUCGAUAUCUCCGUCCUUGAAAUCCAAAACGGAGUUUUCGAAGUCAAGUCCACUAACGGUGAUACCGCUCUUGGUGGUGAGGACUUUGACUCUCACCUCGUCCGCUGGGUCGUGAACGAGUUCAAGAAUGAGUCUGGCCUUGAUUUGGGCAAUGACCGUAUGGCCAUUCAGCGUAUCCGUGAAGCUUGUGAGAAGGCCAAGAUUGAACUUUCCUCCACUGUUCAAACUGAUAUCAACCUUCCCUACAUCACUGCUGAUGCUAGCGGUCCCAAGCACAUCAACACCAAGCUUACUCGUUCCAAGUUCGAGACCUUGGUCGGUGACCUUGUCAAGCGCACUGUCCAGCCCUGCGAGAAGGCUAUCAAGGAUGCUGGUGUCAGCACCGCUGACAUCAACGAAGUUAUCUUGGUCGGUGGUAUGUCCCGUAUGCCCAAGGUUGUUGAGACUGUUAAGCAGAUCUUCGGUAAGGAGCCCGGCAAGCAAGUCAACCCUGAUGAAGCCGUCGCUAUUGGUGCUGCCAUCCAAGGUGGUGUCCUUGCUGGUUCCGUCACCGAUAUCCUCUUGUUGGAUGUCACUCCUCUCUCUCUUGGUAUUGAGACCCUCGGUGGUGUCUUCACCCGUCUUAUCAACCGUAACACCACUAUCCCCACCAAGAAGUCUCAGGUCUUCUCUACUGCCGCUGAUGGUCAGACUCAAGUCCAAGUUAAGGUCUUCCAAGGUGAACGUGAGCUUUGCCGUGACAACAAGCUUCUCGGUGACUUCAACUUGACCGGUAUUCCUCCUAUGCCCCGUGGUUCCGCUCAAAUUGAAGUUUCCUUCGACAUUGAUGCCGAUGGUAUUGUCAACGUUGGUGCUAAGGACAAGGCUACCGGCCGUGAUCAAUCUAUGAGCAUUGUCGCUUCCUCCGGUCUUUCCGACAACGAAAUCGAGAACAUGAUCAAGGAAUCUGAGCAAUUUGCUGAAUCCGAUGCCAAGCGCAAGAACGCUAUUGAAGCUACCAACGCCGCUGAGUCCAUCAUCUCUGAAACCGAGAAGCACAUGACUGACUUCAAGGAGCAACUUGAUAAUACUGAAGCUGAGAAGAUCCGUGGUCUUAUCACUCAACUCCGUGAUACCAUGGCUCAAGGUGAGAACGCUGAACCCGAAGACAUCAAGAAGCAAUCCACCGAUUUGCAACAAAGCUCCCUUAAGUUGUUCGAGAUGGUCUACAAGAACAAGGCUCAACAACAACAAGGAAACGCUGAGAACGUUGUUGACAACGAUGCCUCCGCUGGCAAGCAGUAAAUUAUUUAGCUGUUCCUCUCUGCUUUUCUCCUGAAUACAAAAAAAAUUAUAGAUCUUUAUAAUUAGACUAUAUAGACUUUACACUUUCUACUUCAUAUUGUAUCUCUUGCAUAUAACCUCUCCCCCUUUUUUCGAAUCACUUUUUUUUAUGUAUUAACCCGCAAUUGUAACAUAGAGUUGUUUGGUAUGUUCAAACAGAAUUAAAAAAAAAAACUAUAGGGUUCUUAGCUUGA